AGAAAUGGGCAACCAAUCAUGAUGUGCUGAAAGAGAAGAAAUUAAGUUAAAAGGGCAAAAUUCAAAGCCAAAGAGGAAUCUAUCAGAAACUCACUCAGAUGUCAUGUACACUGUCUCUGAAGAAGAGGUGCAGCACCUUAAAGUUAAAAGAUAUGAGAAUAAAGCUCCUAUGCUCAAAAAGAAAAAAUAUAAGCAGAGGCUUGGGUAAUUAUAGGCCAACACCAGAACCUCAAACAAAGAAAGAAUCUUUCACUCAGAAGUUCAGAAAAUCUCAAAGACCAAGUGAAGUAGGGAUCCCUGAAUCCAACACAACAACAGAGAAAUUCACAGGGGGAAAUAACUCAAAAACUGGAAUUUCAGAUACAAAGAGUAGAGAUAGCCACUUUGAUGCUGGAGUUAGCCUAUCACAGCAUUCUCUGGGCGCAAACCUUCCUGCCAAUCUUGGCAACCAAAAGCAAAGAAAAACACUGAACAAAAACAAGAAUAAGCAUUAUUCCUCUGCCCAGAAGUUGGCAACUGAAGGAAUGCUAGAAGAACAGGAGCAACAGGAAGAGCCAUCGCAAAUAAAGCAUCCUCAAGAGCCGGUUGCCCAACAAGAAAAGAAUAAACCACAGCAACUUACUUCACUCAAUGCAAAAAGGAAGGUCAGGAAAACUAAGGCUCAAAGGAAUCAAGAAAGAUUGAGUAGAACAAUGAAGGAAAGGGUCACCAUGGGACCUUCAAGACAAUGGGAAGUGAGAAAAUCCACUGAUAUUUUAAAUCCUAAUUUUGCUUCCGAGCUGCAAACUCCACAAAGGAUGACUUACGACCAGUCAUUACUCUUUACUCCAAAUAAGGAAGAUUUCAUAGGAGAUGAGUCCUCCAAUUCUAAUACAUUUGUCAAAGAAAAUAAGCUAGCACAGACCUUUCAAAAGAAGAGAAAAGGAGAUGCAAUAAAAUUAUCUGAAGAUUCAACAGGCUCAGUCCCUUUGGUGGCUGCAACCCUGCUUUAUGGCAAAUUUAACCUUGAAAAAGAGACUCCUACCACAAAAGAACUUGAAGAAAGCCCAGAAAACCAGGGAAGAGAGACUAGAAAAUCUUCUGAAGCUGUUCCAAUAGUAAGCUCUAAUGCUGGCUCCUCUAAGGAUUGUCCAGAGAUCUUUCAUUUAGAAGAAUAA